AUGCCUUAUCUAAAGCUAGAUAGUGCGGUCUGCAUGAAUAGGCCUUGUCGAUUGAAAGUGACUAAGUGGUUGCUUGUUAUUGUAUUGUGGUCUUUAUUGGACUUAAUGGAUAGCGUUGCUGGAACAUCGCGUAGGCGUUUGUCUCAUCGGAAUAAGUUAUUGCGUAGGACGCAUCGGCACAGUCGCUUUGAUAUAAACAGUAUAACUUCAGAUCAACUAGACAAACAUGGAUUUAACUUUUCGAGUCGUGCUGCUACCUUAACUGUGACGGCAUAUACUCCGCCAACUGAACAAAGGUCUACAUUAGACCUGGAUCCAAGUUUGGGCGGGGUUGAAGUGUCGACAAAUACGCCAGUGUGUGUUGUAAAGGCUGAAGACAUUUCGGUUGAGUUUCGAGUGCCGUCGUGGGCUAGUAAAUCGGAUAAACAAGAGGCGAUAGAACUAUUUCGCCGGAUUGCUGUUAUUAAGGUGAAAGAAAUCACGAUUCACAUUGACAACAACAAUGGGGCUAAUUCGAUGGAAAAUAUGCGAAUCUUAUCUCGAGUUAUUAAUAUGGUUGAUUGUAUUACGAUGAUGAUUUCGAUGGAGUCCAAUCCGGCUGCAGGACAAGUGUGCAGAGAUACUUAUAAGAAAGUGAGUGUUUGUGAGGCAUUAAACACAAUUCAACAUGCUGAAUAUACAUUAGCGUUUAAAGUGGUGUUUGUGGGUAUGGGUGAUAGUAUUGAUCUAAUUGGGUCUGGUAUUGCCAUGAUGCGGCCAAUCACAAGUAUCUCUUUGCCGUGGACUUUAAGUACGCUACUCCAUCCCGCUAGCCAAUUGCCGUUAAAGCCUGGGUACACCCUAUACAUAUUGCGUAGUAAUAUGCCGACUAGGAUUGAUUUAAAAGAUCUCUGGCAAGCUCAGAGUGUCAAAUGCGGUAAAAUUGUUAUUGAACCAACGGACACUUUAAAUGAGAUUGUUGGUCUUGAAGAUCCCACUGGUAAUGGGAGCAGUACAAUAUCUCUAGAAGCACCAUGGUCACUUCUUCAGCGUCUGGGCCGGAAUAAUUCCACUCAAAUUCAGGUGAAUAGGAUCAUAGGCACUCUUCCCCCUGUUCGAGAUCCAAGGUUAACCGAUCAACUGCUGCCAACUACUCCACCAGCAAAAGCCAUGAUUAUGGCCGAGUGUGUUCUUACGAAGAUUCCGCCUUUAGCAGGUUGUGGCCAUGCCGAAUACUACAACAAAUGCUACAACCAAGAAGCCUGUGCCAACUAUGGAGUCGCAGCCGAAAUAACCCAAGUCUAUUAUCAGAAAGGACGGAAUGAUGUGUAUAACACUAUGUUCUACCUUUAUUUAAUCAAAGCGAUAACCAAUAUACCACCAGAUACUAGAGGCUUGGGUUUAGUCAAAUGCAGCGGCGAGGGACUUAGUAUUUCUGGAUGGAUAAUGCCAGAAACAGUCAUCAUCCGACUUGCAUAUCUUCUCAGCCGGAGAGAACAGGAACAAGCCAAAGACGAAAAUGUCCGCCUUUGCCAGCAUAUACAGUACAACGAGAUCGAAAUUAUCGGCACGCAAAAACCCAAUGAUAUGCAUCUCCCGACUUGUCUCAAAAUGCUAGGCCUAUUCCAAGACCUUAAGGCUCGAACGCUUAGAAUCAUAAAUGUCCGUAGUACCAAUCCAAACAACACUAUUUUAGGCCAGGCUCCACCAUUAUGUCUUCUUCCUGAUACCAUUCCGUACAUGUUUAUCAUUGAUACUUUGGUGCUAGAUAAUGUUGACGAACAUCUUGUUUAUUGGAUGCUAACUAAUCAUUUCUUUACUAAGCUCGUGGAAGUGUAUAUUCUGAACCAGCAUCGCACAAACCUUGCCAUAAUCGAACUCCUCUCCCGACCUAUAGGCAGUAUGAUUUUCAAACUUGUGCUCAACGACUUCUUGGGUCUAGAUGAAGUGAAGAGCUAUGUGCACUACAAGAAAACAGGAGAAAUCAAGGACUCCUUCUUAUUCAACUAUGUAGCGGCAAGGAAAGACGAAAAGCAAACGAAUCUUGGACUUGACAAAUUGACCUUACAACUGGAGAAUGUCGAUGUUAGGGAGUAUGCUGAAAUCUUAGCCACGUUGGCUGAGCUGAAAAUUCAAUACGAAGCCAUUCCUUUUGAUACUUAUGUCACUCGUCUAAUAGCUAAGUACCAAAGCCGCCAAGAUAAAAUACGAGCCUACUGUCUAAAGGCCAGAAUGCCCAUCUCAGAUGAUGACGAGCUUUUGGUAUUUUAUAGUAUCAAUCUCAAAGACUUAGAAGCCGAUUUACUUCGCCGUCGUGCCAAACGCACAGAAGAACCCAACCCAUCAGGAGAAAGUGCCAAGUGUCUCGAAAAGACUGCCGCCGAAAGGUUGUUAUUAUUCUUCAAUGAUGGCCAAUUACUAACCCAAACCAGCCUAACAAUUAUUCUUCAUUGGCUGCAUAGCCGAUUUAUUGAAACAUCCAAUCUACAACUUGCCAAUAUUAAAGUGCCAGAAGAUGCACGAGAUCUAUUACUUUCACAAAGAUAUGUGCUAGGUAAUUUAGGCACUUUCCAGAUUGUUACGACCAACGACGAAUUAACGAACUCUUCAGUAAUUGAGUUGCAAGGCAACAAGUACCAGAUCAUCAGACCAGCCGAUUCAGGCGACCUCAAACCCUACAUUACAACGCUAAGCUAUAAAAUGCUACCCCAGAUUCUUCUGCUAGCUCGCGAAAGUCCUACAAUAAUGACACCUCUUCACCUAUUUGCCCGCUAUAUGAAAGGGCACUGCAGUCCUAUUGAGUGCCCAGUGUGUUUUCAAAGUCCCAAUCUUUCAAAAGCCUUGAGAGAUAGCCUAGCAGCCACAGUGAAGAUGUUAGAAGAAGAAGAGAAGAGGAAACCAAAGAACGACGAUAGUAGUGGUGAAUUGGAAGGUGAAGCGGAAGAUGAAGCAGAAGAUGAAUUAGAAGAUAACAAGGAGAGUGAAUUGGAAGAUGAGUUGGAAGGUGAAGCGGAAGAUGAAUUGGAAGAUAACAAGGAAAGUGAAUUAGAAGAUGAAUUGGAAGUUGAAUUAGAAGGUGAAGCAGAAGAUCAUUCAAUACUUUGCUAUCUCAGCUGUGGCCAUCCACUUUGUGCUAGUUGUCCAUUUCUCUUUCUAGGCCAGACGAUUGUAUGCCCAUUAUGCCGUGGGCAAGGAGAUAACCGACUAUUCUGUAUGCUUGUAGAGGCACCAACAACAAAUACUGCUCCUAACAAUGACAGUACUUUCAUCACAAAUCCCAAUCUCCAACUUUCCCCAGAUCAACCAAAGCCCCAAGAAGCCAAAUAUAUCUACUACAGCUAUCUCAAAACCCCAGAAAAUAAGAACGAUUUCCAAAAGGAAACCGACCAGUGCAUUUUAGACCCAACCGACCCAACCAAUAUCCAAAUCGAAUAA